AUGACUGACAAUCGGUUGAUUGAGUCGUGGACGUGGUACGCGUUCGCGACUUCAGUGGUGGUCCUCCGAUUUAUUUCUCGCUGGAUUCGCCUAGGAGGAUGGCGAUCGUUCCAUCUCGAGGACUACUUGAUGAUCCCAACGUUUGGUUUGUAUACCAACCUGAUUGUCUGGGUGAACAUACAAGAGAAACAUCCCCUGACCAAUAUUCUCCCUCUUACGGGCACGGCCGGCAUGUCCGACGCAGAGAUCCAAGACAGGAUCUACGGUUCCAAGAUCACUUUCAUCAUCGAACAGUCUAUGGUUAUCCUCCAGUUUCUCUGCAAGCUAUGCAUGUGCUUCAUGUACUUGAAAUUGACCGCCGGUUUGAAGAGAGCACUUUGGGUCAAGCUUCUCCUUGGCUAUGUCGUUCUAGGCUGGCUCACGACCGAGAUCUUCUUUUUUGGCAUUUGGUGCCGCCCCUUCUUGAACUAUUUCCGGGUAUUCGAUGGCCUCAAUCCUCAAUGCUCGGCAGCCCAGAAUCAUCUCAAGAUGUCCUUCGCCUUCAACCUCUCGGGCGACGUCUUGAUGCUCGGGGUUCCUAUACCUCUACUGUUACAGUCCCAAUUACCAUGGAAGCGAAAACUCGUUGUUACCGGCAUUUUCAGCCUUGGUAUCUUUGUCAUCAUCUCCGCAACGCUCAGUCGAUACUACGUCUUUACCGAACCAGAUAGUAUCCUGUGGAUCUUCUGGUACGUGCGUGAGGCCAGUACUGCCAUCAUCGUCGCGAAUGUCCCGCAUCUGUACGCCCUCCUCCGACAGCUCUUCAACCUCAAUGAGUUC